CAAGACUAUACUUUUGAUUUACUUGUAGUAUCUAUCUAUCUGUCGAGGUUUUUGAAGAAUUUUCAAACUGAGAGAUGAAUCAAUCACAGAGCGCAGGGUUCCAAGCUGGCCAGGCCAAAGGCCAGGCUCAGGAGAAGGGCAGCCAAAUGAUGGACAAGGCUAGCAAUGCUGCCCAAUCUGCCAAGGAAUCAUGCCAAGAGGCUGGGCAGCAAAUGCAGGCUAAAGCACAAGGGGCAGCUGAUGCUGUGAAAGACACUAUUGGGAUGAACAAAUGAAUCUCUCAUUGGAGUCUACUUUCCAAGUUUUUUUCUUUAAAUCUUUUUUUUUUAAUUUCUUUUUAAGUGCACCUAAAGGUCACGAUGGAAAGAGCUUUUCCACAUCAUGUGGAUAAAGUCUACGUAUAUCUUAUCCAUCCCCAACCUCACCUAUUCCGAAAGUUCUGUGCACGGGAAUUGUUACCUUAGCGUAUGAGCAACUCUUUUUCAGUAAUUUGUUUCCUUUGAUGUUGCACUAUGUGGAAGAGCUGUUGUUGAUCUUCAUUCUGGAAUAAGAGAAUUUAUCGGUUUACGGUA